CCCCCCUCCCUCAAGGGAAAGCCUGUCAAUUCUAAAAAAUAAACACAGCAGUUCUAAAAAACUCUCAAGUCAUUUUAGCUGGCCAUGAACUCCAAAUAUUACAAAUUCCCACUGCUCGGAAUCGCUUCUGCUUCACUCACUCUCUUAAUAAUCUCUCUCUCUGUCUCAUUCUUUCUACUAACCUUCUUCUUUUCGCCCACCAUAACCUAACCCCAAAUCUAACCAUUUACAAGCAUAAACUAAUAUACAAUCUUAUAAUAAUAAUUAUAAUAAUAAAGUAGUCAUUCAACAUUUAUUUUCUUAUAGUCCAGGGUUUGCGCGUCAAGUAGUCAUUUAUUUUCUUAUAGUCAUUCAAUACUUAAAGGAAACUUAUAGCUGAAAUUUUUUGAAAGAGGAGAGAGAGAGAUGAUGGAACUGGACCAAACGAGGCCGGAGAACCCGGCCAUGACUUUCGAUGAGGUGUCCAUGGAGCGUAGCAAGAGCUUCAUCAAAGCCUUGCAGGAGCUGAAGAACUUAAGGCCUCAAUUGUAUUCUGCUGCCGAAUACUGUGAGAAGUCUUAUCUUCAUAGCGAGCAGAAACAGACGGUACUGGACAACCUGAAAGAUUAUGCCGUGCGAGCUCUUGUUAAUGCUGUCGAUCACCUUGGUACUGUGGCUUACAAGUUAACUGACCUUCUUGAGCAACAAACAUUUGAUGUCUCAACCAUGGAGGUUAAGGUUUCUUGUCUGAAUCAGCAAUUUCUUACAUGCCAAACAUAUACAGUUAAGGGAGGUCUUCGACAACAGCAGCUGUUGGCAUUCAUCCCAAGACAUCACAAGCACUACAUUUUGCCAAACUCUGUCAGUAAGAAAGUACAUUUUAGCCCACAAAUACAGACUGAUGCAAGACAAAAUCAUUUUCAAGCUAGAUCUCGUCUUCAGCUUUCAGGUUCCCCAGCAUCAAAAACUCUUUCCUGGCACUUAGUUUCUGAGACCAAGUCUACACUGAAAGGGACUCUGCAUGCUAUGACAAGUAAUGAAGAUGCAAAAGCUUCUGGAAAAUCUUCUGCAGUUUUUCAACUCUUGGAUGAAGAAGAGAGUAGAAAAACAAGAUCCUCAGGAGGUCUUGCUCAACUAUCAAGCAGAGGUCCUGCAGCUGGUGCAAUCAUGCCAACAUUUGAUGUCCCACACAGGGAAUUGUUGGAUACUUCUAAGCCUUUGACAGCAUUCAGGUCAUUUGACAACCCAAGGCAUGAGAUUGUGCGUGCUCCUGUUCGCAGUAAAAGCAUGCUAUCAGCUUUCUUUGUAAAGCAGAAAACCCCAAAGUUGAAGGCUGGCUCUGCUUCGUGAAUCCUAGGUGGAGCAAAUUGAGUAUUACCAGUAAAUGUCUCCAAUUGUUGUUGAUAAUGAGUUCUUUUCAGCUCACUAGUUAGUCAAUUUGUCAAAAUUAUAUUUUCUUCCACUCCAAUAAUUCCCCUAGCUUGACUCUGAUAAUGGGUAUGCUGUGCAUAAAGAUCCAGUGAUGAAUAUAAUCGAGAUUGUCUACUGCUGAAUUUUUUGCCCCUGGCCUAUGUUAAUAAAGUUGGGUUCUGAUGA